AUGGAACCGUGGUAUUCAGGUGCUGUUGUCGAUGCUGUACGUGAAGCUAAAUCCCGUCGAGCUUUAUUCAUUGUUUAUAUUCAUGAUGAUUCUGAACAAUCUCAAUUUGUUGACAAUCUCUGGAUUGAAGUAUGGACGAAACUAACUAAUCUAUCACAAGUAGUUGCACUUCGUCUUACAAAAGAUACUGAAGCUUGUAAACAAUUUCAAGCUAUUUAUAAAAUUCAAACAUAUCCAACAAUUUAUUUGAUUAAUGGUCAAAAUGGACAAGUAUUAAAAAUGAUUGAUGAACCACUGGAAGAUUCGAAUCGAUUAGAAGAAAUACUCGAACGAUCUAUGAAUAUAAUCGAAUCUAAACAACAAGAUACACCAGUAGUAGCAGCUACAAUAGUAACAAAUGAAUCGAAUAGAACAGUUGAAGAAAAAAUAGCAGAAGCUCGUGCACGUCUUAAAAUAAUACAAGAUAAACGUGAUGAAGAAGCAAAAGCAAAAGAAAAGCAAGAAGAAGUGGAACGUCGCCGUCUUGGACAACAAAUGCUGUUGGAUAAACAGAAAAAAGAUGAAGAAUUAAUACGAAAACAAGCUGAAGAAAUUCGACGAGAUAAAGUCGAACAACAAAAAUUACAAGAAAAACUCAAAGCCCAAAUUCAACAGGAUCGAGAAGACAAACGGCGUAGAUAUGAAAACGAACAAUCAGCAGCUGCUCAACAAACAAAACCAAAAGUGACAACAACACAAGUGCAAGGUCCAAAAAUCAAUUAUGAUCGUUCACGUUUACAAUUUCGUUUAACAGAUGGAUCAUUUUUUACUGAAGAUUUUUCACCAGAUGCUCGCAUGAAUGAAGUGUAUGCAUAUUUACAAGAAACACUUCCUACUGAUCAGUAUAGAAACGGUUCAUAUGUACUUCGUACAACACAUACACGUACUACGUUAGCAAGAGAUAAUCCAAGUUCAUUAAAAGACCUUGACCUUAUUCCAUCGGCUGUUUUACUUGUUGUUAAUCGUGGAAAUGGAAAUACUAGUUAUUCGUCGACUAGUGUGGCUACAAAUAAUAUUUUUCAAUCGUUUCAACUAAUGUUUGCUUGGUUUAUAAUGCAAUUUAAUUUCAUUUAUCAAUUAAUUUUUUCCAAAUUAUUUGGACAUCGCACUCAAACAGCAGCAACACCACCGAGAGAACAAAUUAGGCCAUCGACGAGAAAAAAUAAUACGAAUGAACAAAGAGCAACAACACCAAAAGCCGCAAAGGAAAAUUUCAAAGUAGAUUCAACUGAAAAAACGACUAUUCGUCGUUUUCAUAAUACGCAAGAUGAUAGCGACGAUGAAGAAAAACGUACAUGGAAUGGAAAUUCUACACAACAAAUGUAA